AUGGCUUCCAACCAGUCUGUUCAGUGUUUCGGAAAGAAGAAGACCGCCACCGCAGUUGCCCACUGCAAGGUACGAACUCCCUCGACAGGAAUCUCACAGAUUCACAACGAACCCCCGAGAACUCAAAUACUGAUUAGAAGGAUAGGCCGGAAGGGACUUGUUAAGGUCAACGGAAAGCCUUUGAACUUGGUUCAACCAGAGGUCUUGAGAUUCAAGGUCUACGAGCCCCUCUUGAUCGUCGGUCUCGACAGAUUCGCCGGUGUUGACAUCCGUGUCCGUGUUACCGGUGGUGGUCAAACCUCCCAAAUCUAUGCUAUCCGUCAAGCUAUCUCCAAGGCCAUCGUUGCCUACUACCAAAAGUUCGUCGAUGAGCACUCAAAGAACCAAUUGAAGCAAGCCCUCGUUACCUACGACAGAACCCUCUUGGUUGCCGAUAACAGACGUUGCGAGCCAAAGAAGUUCGGAGGUCCCGGUGCCAGAGCCAGAUACCAAAAAUCUUACCGUUAA